GGGCGGCGACGCUGCGCGGGCGGCGCGGAGGAGGCGCUGCCGCGGCUCUCGGUGUCCUUAUCGCCGUCGCCGCCGUCGCGCCCGUCCUGCCGGCCCCGCCUCCCGCUGCGCUCCCGCGGCCUCACAGCAGGAGUGGCAUAUCCCAAAAGUGGAUGUUCAGGAUAACAUGUCCAAUGUCUCGGAAGAGAGAAGCACUAGACAACAGGACAUUAAGAAAGGACUCCAGUUUAUAGAAUCCACUUUGCCCUAUCCAGGGACGCAAGAACAAUAUGAGUUAUUUAUACGAGAUCUUGUUAGAAAUCUUUUUCAUGAAGGAAAUGAUGUAUAUCGAGAAGGUGAUUGGAGAGGAUCUCUGAGUCAUUAUACAGAGGCUAUAAACAUAGCUGAUUAUGCUAAUUCAGAAGAAAUCCAUGUUUCUGAUGAUGUUUUAGAGAAGCUGCAUGUGAACAGGAUCGCCUGUUAUUCAAAUAUGGGUUUGCAUGAAAAAGUUCUAGAGGACUGUGAGGUAGCAUUAAGAUUGAAUGAAAACAAUUUCAGAGCUCUCUAUCGCAAAGCCAAAGCUUUGAAUGAGCUGGGGAGCUAUAAGAAGGCUUAUGAUGCUGUAGCAAAAUGUUCUCUUGCUGUGCCACAGGAUGAAAGUGUGAUUAAGCUUACUCAAGAACUAGCUCAAAAACUAGGGUUAAAAAUAAGGAAAGCAUAUGUUAGAGCAAAGCCACCCUCGUCAAAUUCAGUUUCUAGUGAUGUAUCAACUCAGAACUCUUCUGUAGAAGAUAUUGAGUUAGAUUUAUCUGACCAGAAGCAAGAGAUGGUUUCUGCUGCUUCUUCAUCAAACUUUGUUUCUGAAGUGUCCAAAGUGUCACCAGUACCUGUAGCACCUUUACCUGCUGUUAUGCCUCUUCAGAUGGAAAAGGUUCCUUUGCCUUCUGCAGUGUUGGCAAAUGGAGGGAAUGUUUCUUUCUCUAUGCCAGAAGCAUGUUUAGAUUGUGGAGAUGGAGAUAUAAUUAUUGGAGAAGAACUUGAUGAGUUGCUUGAUUCUGUGCCUGAUGCAGAUGAAAGUGUAAUGCAAACUACAGGAGCCAGAGGACCCAUUCCUGCUGGGAGUGUAGCUCCUAGUGUACCUUUCUCUGCCUCUUUGCUGGGGACACUGCCAGUUACUGCAGGAUUUGUUCCUUCAGCUUCUCUUUCAGAAAUCUUUUCACAGCCUUUGGCUUCGUCGCUGGAAAACUUCUGUUCACCAUUAAGCACUUUUUCAAUCAGUGACCCAAAAAGAGACAUCUCAAGUUCAGCUUCUAGAGAUGGAACACCAACACUUAACAGCAAUAAUUCCCCAUUGUUUAUAAAUGGUCCUAGUAGUUUGUUUGGAUCUGAAAAUUACAUGGGAAUUGCAGGCCAAACUAGAAAUGACUUUUCCAAUGUUUUUAGCAGUACAACUGCUAAUAUACCUGUAUCUCCGGCACUGGCGGGAAGGAACCCACUGGAAGGCACACAUGAGCUAAGACAGGCCUGCCAGUUAUGCUUUGUCAAAAAAGGUCCUAAAUUAUUGGAUUAUGCUUACCAUCCUAAUUUAGAACAUAAAUGUAAGAAGGAUAUUUUAAUUGGCAGAAUAAAAAACUCUGAAGAUAAAUCAUGGAAAAAAAUACGUCCAAGACCAACAAAGACACAGUAUGUGGGACCAUAUCAUAUAUGUAAAGAUGUGGCUGCUGAGGAGGAGUGCAGGUACCCAGGGCACUGCACCUUUGCCUACUGCCAGGAGGAGAUCGAUGUGUGGACGCUGGAGCGCAAGGGAGCCUUCAGCAGAGAAGCUCUUUUUGGAGGGCCUGGGAAGAUCAACCUGACUGUGGCCCAACUUCUUCAAGAAUACCACGGAUUAUUUAUGUUUCUUUGUGAGAAAUGUUUUGAUCACAAGCCCAGAAUAAUAAGCAAAAGGAACAAAGAUAACUCAUCUUCUUGUUCUCACCCUGCUAUGCAUGACUUUGAAGAUAACAAGUGCCUUGUCCACAUUUUGAGAGAGACUAUGGUGAAGUAUUCCAAAAUCCGCCCCUUCCAAGUUCGGUGUCAGCUUGACCUGUGCAGACAUGAGGUGCACUAUGGCUGCUUACGAGAGGAUAAAUGCUUUUAUGCUCACAGUCUGGUAGAACUUAAGGUCUGGAUAAUGCAGAAGGAAUCAGGUAUUUCACAUGAUACUAUAGUUCAAGAAUCAAAGAAGUAUUGGCAAAACAUGGAAGCUAGUGCACAUGGAUCACAGAUUCUUGGGAACCAAAUGAAAUAUGGAUCACUUAAUUUGAAGAUGAAGUUUGUUUGUGGACAGUGCUGGAGAAAUGGUCAAGUUAGUGAGCCAGACAGAAACAAAAAAUACUGUAGUGCAAAGGCAAGACACCCAUGGAGCAAGGAUCGCCGUGUGGUGCUGGUGAUGUCUAAUGAACGGAAGAAGUGGAUGACCAUUCGUCCUCUGCCUGCAAAGAAACAAGUGCCUCUGCAGUUUGAUUUGUGCAAUCAUAUUGCUUCAGGCAAGAAAUGCCAGUAUGAUGGAAACUGCUCAUUUGCUCACAGUCCUGAGGAGAGAGAGAUGUGGACCUAUAUGAAGGAGAACAGCAUUCAAGACUUGGAGCAGUUGUAUGACAUAUGGCUAAAAACUCAAAAACCAGAAAAAGGAGAUGAUACAGCUGCUCAGGCAAACAGAGAAAAUGGGAAGCAAAUUCAUAUGCCAACUGACUAUGCUGAAGUUACAGUGGAUUUUCACUGUUGGAUGUGUGGGAAGAACUGUAAUAGUGAGAAGCAAUGGCAGGGUCACAUUUCUUCUGAAAAGCAUAAGGAGAAGGUUUUCCACACUGAGGAUGAUCAGAACUGCUGGCAAUAUCGCUUUCCAACUGGAUAUUUUAGCAUUUGUGAUAGAUAUAUGGCUGGUACUUGCACUGAAGGAAACAACUGUAAAUUUGCCCAUGGAAAUGCUGAACUCCGUGAGUGGGAAGAGCGAAGACAAGUUUUAAGAAUGAAACUCAGCAAAGCAAGAAAAGACCACUUGAUUGCUCCCAGUGAUAAUGACUUUGGAAAAUAUAGUUUUUUGUUUAAAGAUUUAAACUAAUACUGAGAUGACACAUACAUGUUAUCAGCUGGAAGCAUAAACCAGAAAAUUUGACAAUAAUCAAAAGCAUGUGACAGAAAAGCUGCAGGUUUUCUGCUUUUAUUGGCAUACAUUGUUCCUCCUGAACAGCAAAGUAUGGUAGAUUUAGGGGGAUGGAGCAGACCUGUCUAUGCUCUCAUGAAACAGAGUGGUGAUUAAAAAAAAUCUGAAGUAUUAUGUGCUUACUCACCUCCUGUUGGACAGAAAGUUAGGAAAUAGAAGGGGGGAAGAGUGGUUAUAAUAUCUAGGAAGCCCCCUAGUCUCAGACCUUCAGUUGAAAACUUUAAGGUAUCAAGGUAUUGCAAAAGAGAGUGUUAGUGGGCUAAGAAAAUGAUGGAUGAAAAUUCUUCAGAUCUUUUAAUGGAGAGGAUUUGUUUAAAACAAAGUUUGCUACUUAUCUAUAUGUAGGUUGCUAAAAAUGAUUUUCUUAUUAAAGAUUUUAAACAAAAUAACCAUUUAACUACAAUAUACGUUGAAUGGGUAUUUUUUCUCUAUUUGUAUGUUUCAAUAUAAUUUACUGAAAAAGGAUCUUGAGAGGAAAAAAGUAUUAAUUUUUGAAAAUGAAGUAGUUAAAAUUCUGUUUCUUGGUCUUUGCUGUUUAAAUGAUGAUUUUGAAAGAUUACACUUGUAUGUCAGUAUUGUGUAUUAUUGUAUGGACUAAUGUUGCCUGUAAUAAAGAGAACUUUACACUAA